AUGAAUAGGUUUAUAACAAAUUUCUUAGAGUAUCCCAAUAACUUAAUGACGUUCUAUUCCAUUCAUGCUAUUAAUGAAUAUGGGUAUCAUAAACCGUGCUAAAGAGACUUAGGGGACUACGCUGACUUUGUAGUUAUGAAUUCAAAUAUUUCCCAUCUGAGUGGAUUCUCUAGAAUGGGCUUUUGCCUCCCUAAAGAAUGCAAAUAAAAAGAUUAUGAUUCAUAUAGUGCAAAAAUGGUAUCUCUAGUAGAUUUUGCAUUUGCUCAUUUUCCAGACGUUGGAAUUGUUAUGAACAAUUCUCUGUUCUAACCAUGGACUAGAGUUGGUCUCUCAAUGAUCAAAUCUGAGGAGUAUACAGAAGAUUGGCAUUAAAGAACUGCAGCUGGUUUUUACCCAACUCUCAUCCUUAUUAUAUUGAUAUUAAUUCUGGCUAUCAGUGCUUCAUUGUAUACUUAUAUAAAGAGAAAGUUAUCUAAAAGAUAGUAAAUCCAAACUUUCAUGAUGGUAGAUACAAGGUAAUCUGAUAUAUAGAACUCUAAUUAGGACUACUCUUAUCUCUAAAACAACAUGGAUCACUCGUCCUCAAAUAUUCGAGAAUAAUAAACUCAGAUGAACACAUAAUUAUUACUAAGAGAUAGUAGUAAUUAAUAGGAAACUCGUUAAUAACUUGCUUUGAAUUUCUCGAACCAAAGGUCUACCAUAAGAACUCUAGGCAAUGGAGAAAAUGAUUUAAUGAGAACUGCUUUAUCUGAUUCUCAAGAAAGAGACAGCUAGGCCUAAGUUCAGCAAGAUACUCAGCAGAGCCAAGAGUAAAAAUAGGGAGAGUCAAAAUUAAGUUAGAUAUUAGAAAAGAUCUCUGCUCAAUCAGCUUUUGUAGACUUGUAAGCUGGCUACUGUAAAGAUUGGGAUAACAAAGAACUUGAUGUCAUUAAUGCUAUGAAGUUCUUCUAACAAUUCUUGAUUAUUGUAACUUGUACUGCUAGUUAUUUGAUUCUUGGUGCCGCUCUAAAUCCAUGGAGUAUGCAAGUCUUUUCAAGCAAUCCACUAUUUGCAAUGAUAGUUGCAGGAGUAAUUGCUUUAGAUGUCUAUUUUACAUUCUCAGCAUUUUUCGGAUUCUAUAGAAUGUGCCAAAUUUAUGAUGCUUAGAAAGGAUUUACAUUUAAAGAUGUUAUGAAAAUAUAUGGCAAGAGAUUAAUUAGGCUACUGCCUAUAUACUAUCUUACUCUAUUAUUUGGAAUCUUUAUUGGUCCAAGAAUUUCUAGUGGCCCUACAUGGUACAUGUAUGAGUAAUCUCUGUUUUAUAGGUGUAAUACUUAUUGGUGGACCAAUGUUAUCCUAAUUUCUAACUUUAUCCCUUGGGAUUAAGAUAAUAAGGGUGGAUGUAUGCCCUGGAGUUGGUCUAUAUGUGUGGACUUUCAGCUCUAUAUUUUCAUUCCAUUAUAUGUCUAUGCUUUCAAGUAAUCGAGAUUAGCCGGCCUGAUUAUAGGAUGGGCUUAUGUAGCUGCUGGCAUGUUUGUAGUUGGCUUCUUAGCUCAUACCAAGAGUUAUACAGCAAAUGUUUACACACUUGAAAACUAUGAUAUGUAUUAGUUACUAACUACAAAGCCUUGGAGUAAAUUCCAUUUACAUGGACUUGGAAUCCUCUGUGCAAUUUUAUAUUUCGAUAUCCUUGCCUUUAGAAAGCUUGAUAAAUUUGAGCAAAAGAAGCAAUAUCCGAAAAUUUACUUCUUCUCUAAUAACAUUAUUUCAGGAAAGAUUAUUAUGCUCUCUGGAGUUGGAUUUAUUGUAACAAACUUUUUUGUGACUUAUGAACCCACAUAAGAUGCUCAUAAUUGGAAUAAUGCAGGAAAUACGACUUACCUAGUACUUUCCAAAAUUACAUUCGCAAUGGGAUGGAUGAUGCUUGCAUUCUAUAUAUUCCUAGGUCAUUCUAAAUUAGGAAGAAAUGCAUUAGGUAAUCCAUUAUUUAACGCUUUGGGAAAGUUGGUUUACUUGGCAUAUUUGACUGCUCCUAUAAUUAUGAUGAUAGUAUAUUCUAAUGAUCAAAGGGGAACAUUUAUGACUUUUGUCGGUAAUGCCUACCUUGGAAUCGGCCAUAUAUUUGUAACUUUUAUCGCUGGAGUUCUGAUCUACAUCUUAGUUGAAUAUUAACUCAAAAAACUUUGCGAGAUAUACAUCGUUAUUCCCUAUCUUUCUCAUGAUCACAUUAUUCGUAAAGUAUUUGAAGAAAACAAGGAAGAUAAACAAUCUGAUAAGAAAUAACAAGAAGAGGAUGAGCUCUUGAAAAAGAGAAUCGCUGCUAAAUUAUCAUGA